AGAAAUGUUUAUCGCACAAAAGAACAGCUGAGAUUCCAUUCAAUGCAUCCUUGGAAAAAAAAGUUUGGGGAAAAUGGAGCCAUUGUUCGUUUCAGUCAGCAGGGAAAUCUCAGUUUCUCAAUAGAGUGCGUUAAUGAGCUGGACAAAGUCUAAAAGAAACUGUUGGUUUUGAAGGAGCUAGUUUUUGUUAAAAUGUUCAAUCUCUAAAUUGACUGUAGCCUAAAUUGACACUGAAAAAAUCCGUGCGUAAAAAAAAUCCCAAUCUAUUUUUCGCGCUUGUGAAAAAACACUCAGUUUCCACCCACAUAACUUUAUUCACGUUGACUUUCUCUAGUUGUCCAAGGAACUGUGGUUUGGUUCUCUGUGAUGCGAUAUCCCAAACACCAUCCCAGUAGUGAGAGAGGAGUGGAAGUGUCAAGUGUGUAGGCUGGGUCUCCCUGUUUAUUUUCCUGAGUGCAGCGCACCACACGCUCGCGCAACGUGGCCGUGUGUUCUGUAGCCUCGUGAACUACUGGCUACCCUCACCUAAGCCCGCCAGAGUCGCAUGGAACAGGAAUAACUUAUUUCGACGUCUUUGAAACAUUGGAUAUAUAUAUGUUUUUGCGCUGAAUGGACAUUUGCAAGUUUUCGAUGCGAUUGAAAACGGGAGAUUCGCUUUUUGGUGUGGUGAUGCUUUAGAUACUUUUAUCAACACAUUUUGUUUUUCAACAAGAUAAAGUAGUUGGUCAUUUCGUCAAUGAGAUGGACGAUGACCGUGACAAGGAGGGGAAGGCUUGCAGCAACAACAGCAAGCCCUCGGAGGAAUCCACAACGACCGACUCGCCGGAGGAUACCCAUAGCGCGCCCAGUCAUACAGUGCAAAGUUGGGAAUGGGAUGAAGCACAAAUGUACCAGCCAUGUGCGUCGGACCCGUACAUGGUCGCGAAGUUCACCAUAUCCGCGUACAUAUUCUGCUGGGCUGUGCUCAAGUUGUGCCAGCGGCUUGCAUGGCAACCUGUUCCACUGCCGGUCCAGGACUCCCUUGAGGGCGCCCCGCAUGACGACGGUGUAGAAGGGGCGGGGGCUUCCGCCGACGUCGACUCCGACUCCGAUCCCCGGCUGUGGAACAACGGCCCUGCGUCGCCUGCGGCAGCGACUCUCUCAGAAGAGAGUUCGACAGAGGACUACUUUGACUCCAACAACACGUGGCAGAACGAGGCGCUUUCUUCGGACCUUAGCCCAGACAGGGAGGACUGCCCCUCUGUCUUCCAGGGGGGGGCUCAGGACAAGGACCUCUAUAAGGGAUGGCGACUGGAGGAGAGCAGCCUCUCCCAGGACUGUAGGCCGCAUCGGCCCCAGAGGAAUUCCAGCAGCCUAGACAGUGGACCCACGCAGGCCAGCACCACCAGCAGCAGCAGCAGCAGCACAGACUCUAAUAAGCAUUUAGAACAGCACAGUUUAUCGGCCUGCAGUGCAGGUGCCCCAGCUGAUCGCUUACCAUGUAAAGACAACACCAGCACACAAAGCGCAGCUUUUAAUCACUUAAGCUGUCUAGAUACACAGAACAGAAGUACAGGAAGCGCAGGCAGCACUACCAACAUAGUCAGCACCAUCAGCUUAGAGGCAUGCAGUUCAGAAACAAAGAUCUUGUCUGCAGACUCACACUGUGCAGAUGCAACAUGCAUAGACUCGUCCUUUUCUAAAACAAUAGGAGCUGAAGCAGCACAGCCUUCCGACACCAGCUCUGCAGCACUUAGCACUGACACACACUGCAUCUCACUGCAGAGCCAUAGUAGCGAACAGAACAGCAGCACAAACACUAACGGACUUGCCACACAAGCACAACAAAGCACAUGUAGUAGUAAGCACAGUCGGAGCGUUUCACACGAGACCCCGAAGUGUAUCCCAGACACGGACACAAAGCCCAGCAAUGAAACAGCCAUAUUGUGUUUCGACUCUCAGGUGUGUAGGAGCACUAUAGCGGAACAGGAUCCCCUCACAGGGACAGACGGUGCCGUUAGAAACUCAACAGAUCCCGGGGAGGCCGGACUUCCUCCCUUGUCAGCCCCUCGUCCUCCCAUCCCUCCAUGCCCCCUUUCGGAGACUCAUUCUGAGCCACCGCGGGCCACUCCUUGUUCACGCUCAAGGACUGGGUUGAAUGGUGUGGCGUUGAAAACGGGCCAAGGAGAGCAACGGCCGUCGGAAACAGGGACAGAGGCUUCUCCUCAAGCACGCAAGGAUGAGGUUACAUCCCCCAAGUUAACAUGUGAGGCUCUUGAGAAGAAAGACAUUAGUUGUGAAGAAACUGCCAACCGUUUGCUAACCUGUAACGAGAGUGUCUCUCUCGAAAUAAGCAAAGAUAGGGGUACUGAUGAGCAUUUCCACAAAGAGUCAAUUAGCCUACAAACAGACUCCAAUGCAUAUAAUAUAGGACAAUCUGACACUGUGAAGCAGCCUGCGGAAUGUUCACCCCUCCCCCACAGCGGCUGCAAGGACGCUCCCUUGCAGACUUGUGAUGUAAGGCUAUCCACUUUGCACACACGGGCCCAUAAAGAGAAAGGGGAGGAAAGGCAACAGGCCUUAUCAGUGGAGGAGAGCAAAAAGAAGCAAGACGAAGAGAGAGGGGAGGACAAGCAGCAGGAGAAGGAGGAGGAGGAGGAGGAGGAGGAGGAGGAUAAACCGAGCUGCCGUGUUUACUUAAAACAGGAACAGGAUGCAAAGACCAUACAGCAACCCCUAAAAUCAAACUCUCACACACAUGUGCUUUCAGAUCACGAAGAACAGCAGAGCCUAACGAGCAAGAAGGCUGAGCAGCCAAAGCAACGCAGCCCUACAGACAAAACAGCAGAGGACACAGACAAAUCACAUUCAAAAACAAAGACCGACGCAGGUGAUAGCAGGAUACCGGGAAGUGGAAACCUCAGCGACCUUGAGCAGAGGCGUCAUCAUGAAACGGAACUUCUUCAGGCCGAUAUCAUCGCCACCGUGGCCUCUGAUCUCAGGACUAUAGAGAUCACUCUGGACACCCACACGUCGACGCUCGCAAAGCAGGUCCAAUCGCAGUUGAAUGAGCUCGUGCCUCGCUGCUGUGGCGGCAAGUCUUCCUCGCAUUCCGACUCCAACAACAACACCAAGCCUGUUGUGGGCCCCAGCAGUGGUGUGGUGGAGUCAAAUAGUUCCAAGCGCACCCCUGGGCAUAUCUCCAUAGACAGAUCGGAAAGUGGCAUUGAGGACUGCGAUAAACUUUUCCACACCCACGCCCAAACCGAGGCGAGAACAGAAACCACAGACACAGUCUUGGGGAUCCCCAACGGAGCUGUGAGCCCGACAGAAAAGGAGUCGGACGACAACACUGAAGAGCUCCUCCGGCCACUUGACUUUGAACCUUACUGGAGCAGUGAGGACUCUGCCUUGUCAGGGUUGGGAGAUGAUACAGAUGGUGGGCGUUGCGAAUUCACCCUAUCUGAGGAGGAUGCACUGACAAAACCUGCACAGCAGAAAGAGUAUCUCGACAGUGAGAAACAGCUUUGCCACCAUAAUCACACACAUUCCCCACAGUCUCCAGAGUGCAGUGAAGACAGUAGCAGAAUACCGAGUUUUGCUAUCACCGCCUCCACCCCGGACUUUCCCCAAACGCAAGAAAAUGGGCACGACCGUGACUCUUUAGCUCCCGUUUUGGACACUGAAAAUAUACAGUCGGACAAUAACAAAGAGCCAGACAAGAAGGAGGGUCAGCCAUACACAUCAGCCAAGUUCUUAUCAGACAGCUGCAGCACUGACAACAGCGUAGACAACAGCACAAUCAGCGGUGAUUGUCAAGACUCUGUGGAUUGCAGUUCAGUCGGUCCAGCUACCUCCUCACCCUCUCAUGUUGUCCAGACGUCAGUAAGGAUAGUGAGGCACCCGUAUCCAGACUUGGGGCUUGGCGUACUCUUGGUGCCUAGCCUUGAGCCCAUUCUGGAGACAGACAGGUCCCAGGAGAAUGCUGUGGUGGCUGAGGAUGACGAAGUGAAAAGCCAAGCGCAGAAAAGAGGCAGAGGGACAGGCAUGAAGCCGGCUGGGGAGGAGAGAGAAGCGAGAGACGCCAUAGUCUUCUCCUCCGACACUAUGCCUGCCUCGUGCCAUCAAGCUCAUCAGAGCCCUGCCGUGGAUAACUAUGUCAAAGUCACGUCCACCUGUGCAGAGGCAGAGCAGCCCGGUGAGGCUGACCUUGCAAGUGGUCAAAAGGUCGCGACCUUGCAGGUUGACGAGGACCUGACUGCAGAGAGGCGGAAGAGGAGCCCCACGGCCUCAUCUCAGGAUCUGGACACCACCAGCACCAAUAGCGAGGAGACAGAUGAGCAAUCUGCGUCUCACACAGGGGGUGGGGGCCCGGGAAAAUCCUCGAAGAAUAAGGGAAAGGGCUCAAAGUUCUCCGUCUUUGCAAAGAUGCCCUCUUUCAGGAAGGGAAAAGGCGCCACCAAGGACGGCAAUAAUAAAAAAGCACAGAGCGAGUCCGCGGACGGCGGAGGAGUGGAUCUCUUGUUCUACAGGACACACAGCCUCGAGCCAAGAGAGACAGAGCGUGACAACUCGGACGAUGAUGUCUUCUACAAGGGUGAUGGCGGCGGCCACCAGCCAGCCCUGCAGCAGACACCAACAUUCUCGCCAUCACCGUGUGACGGGGAGGAGGACGAGGACCACGGAUUCUACUCCUCGGCGCCCCGCACACGGCACGUCCGCCAGUUGUGCAAGGAGGAGACGGACAACAAAGAAGGGAGCCCCGAGUCGACGCAGAACCGGCUCACCCCUGCUGGUCAGGAUGCACUGAACUAUAAAAGGAGCAAGAGCAGCGACAGCCUGAGCCUGCGGCUGCGCUUAUCUCAGGCCCACAAGUCUCUGUCCAGCCUGUUUGAGUCCCGAUUGCUGGACAAAGAGUUUGUUGAGGAGCAAGGGGCUCCGGGUCGACCGGAGGGGGGAGAGGAGCAGCCCAGCAGGGGUGGAGGAAAGCAGGCCUGGAAGAAGCUUCGGAAGGCCAAGGAAGCAGAGCUUCUACGCCGCACCAUGUCGGUGCCAGAAGGAGACAGCCCAAAAAGUGGUACACGGCAGGUGCAUAGUGACUACGCCACUCGCACGGCCCAGGAGAGGCUGAGCGUUCCCGGGACUCCCGGCUCGCCCGGUAGCCCCCGCACUCUCUGUCACAGCGACCCCCUCAGUAAGAGGGCCUUACAGCAGGACAGUCAGGACGACUCGUCACAGGGGAGUAGGUCAGAAGGCCGUCGGAGAAAAGCCUCACCUAAUGGCCUGUCAAUUAGCUUCUCGGACUCUGGCCCACAAUCUUCCGAUGACUCUGAAGCCCUGCCUAACCCUGACUCCACCCCCUUGUCACCCCUGAGUCCUUGUUCCGCAGCCAGUCCGGCCGGACCCGCAUCUACCCGGUCGCCCGGGACCUGUGACGCCGUAGACGGACCAAUACGGCCAAUGAGCCCCAAACCCCACAUGAGCCCCAGGCCUGCUGCCCAGCGGCGGGCCUUCCGCUACGGUCCGGCACGCUCCAGUGCGCUCUCGCUCAUCCUCCUGGGCCAGGGGAUGAGCGUGGAGGCGCUGUCGGAGCCCCCGGAGAGGCCCAAGACUCUGAAGCCCAAAGCGGGUCCCAUGGGGUCCCUCAGUCCCCUGAGUCCCCAGGAGCCUCUCAGCCCGCGGGAGGAUGGGUCUCUGGAGGGCCAGUCUCAGAAUAGCCUGGUGGCAUCCACAUCCAGCAAUGAGCUUGAGACCUCACUAGAUGGCAGUAAGCCUGUCACACUGCCACCAACCCCAGCCAAGAGGCUCAUGGAGCUGGUGGACACACCACGCCGGGACACCCGAAGCCCGGCCCCCGUCAGGCCCGUAUCGCACGCGGGCACGACCGCAACGUCACCAGAACCGGUCCAGGUGUACCGCCAACGGAGGUGCUGUUCGGACGACUUGUGGAUCGAGCAGGAGAAGAACCGGAAGAGGAGGCUGGACCGGGCCAUGAGGGAGAUGAGCUCCCGGCAGCCGGGAGAGAUGGAGAAAGCCAGGACGCGCCUCUCCCUUUCCGCCAUGGAUCCCUUCACCGGGACGCCCCUGCGAGCCCACAGCUUCUCCCAGAGCACGCCCAUCGGCCUGGACUGCCUGGGCUGGAGACGACGCAUGUCCUACCCCUCAGUCAUAGUGCCUGACGGCGGCACGGAGAAGGCCGCGUUCGGGGACGAAGCGGGCAGCGAGGAGGACCUGUUUGAAGACUUCCGAAGCGCCGGUCAUCGAUUCGGCCAUUCGGGAGGCGGGGGAGAGCAGCUCGCUAUAAACGAGCUGAUCAGCGAUGGCAGUGUGGUGUACGCAGAGGCGUUGUGGGACCAUGUCACCAUGGACGACCAGGAGCUGGGCUUCAAGGCCGGUGACGUCAUCGAAGUGGUAGAUGCCACCAACAAGGAGUGGUGGUGGGGCCGCAUCCUGGACAGCGAAGGCUGGUUCCCUGCCAGCUUUGUGCGGUUGCGUGUGAACCAGGAUGAGCCCAUGGAGGAGUACCUAGCGCACCUGGAGGAGACCCGGGAGGAGCACAGCCGGGGGGUGGGGCUGCUGCUGGGGCCUGGCCUGCCCUGCAAAGAGCAGAUGAGGACCAACGUCAUCAACGAGAUCAUGAGCACCGAGCGAGACUACAUCAAACACCUGAAGGACAUCUGCGAGGGCUACAUCAAGCAGUGCCGCAAGCGAACGGACAUGUUCUCGGAAGACCAGCUGCGCACCAUAUUUGGCAACAUAGAGGAGAUCUACAGGUUCCAGAAGAAGUUCCUCAAAGGCCUGGAGAAGAAGUUCAACAAGGCAGAGCCCCACCUCAGUGAGAUCGGCUCAUGUUUCCUCGAGCAUCAAACAGAUUUCCAGAUCUACUCCGAGUACUGCAACAACCACCCCAACGCCUGCCUGCAGCUCUCCAAGUUGAUGAAGGUCAACAAGUAUGUCUUCUUCUUCGAGGCGUGCCGCCUGCUGCAGAAGAUGAUUGACAUCUCGCUGGACGGCUUCCUGCUGACGCCCGUGCAGAAGAUCUGCAAGUACCCGCUGCAGCUGGCUGAACUGCUCAAGUACACCAACCCUCAGCACAGGGACUAUGCGGAUGUGGAGGCUGCCUUGAACGCCAUGAAGAACGUGGCCAGGCUGAUCAAUGAGAGGAAGCGGCGGCUGGAGAAUGUAGACAAGAUUGCCCAGUGGCAGAGCUCCAUAGAAGACUGGGAGGGUGAAGACGUCCUCAGUAAAAGCUCGGAUCUGAUCUUCUCCGGAGAGCUGACUAAGAUAUCACAGCCACAGGGCAAGAGCCAGCAGCGCAUGUUCUUCCUCUUCGAUCAUCAGAUGGUCUACUGCAAGAAGGACCUCCUGCGUCGGGACAUGCUCUACUACAAGGGCCGCAUGGACAUGGACCAGAUGGAGGUCCAGGACGUGGAGGACGGCAAGGACAAGGACUUCAAUGUGAGCGUGAAGAAUGCGCUGAAGCUGCGCUCGCCCAGUGGCGAUGAGGUGCAUCUGCUGUGCGCCAAGAAGCCCGAGCAGAAGCAGCGCUGGCUCCGCGCCUUCAACGACGAGCGCACGCAGGUGCAGCAUGACCGAGAGACAGGCUUCUCCAUCACUGACGUCCAGAAGAAACAGGCCAUGCUAAAUGCCUGCAAAAGCCAUCCCACUGGGAAACCCAAAGCGGUGACGCGGCCCUACUACGACUUCCUGCUGCGCCAGAAGCACCCCUCACUGCCCACCGCCCUCCCCCAGCAGCAGGUCUUCAUGCUGGCCGAACCCAAGCGCAAGACCUCCAACUUCUGGCACAACAUCGGCCGGCUCACGCCUUUCAAGAAGUAAAGAAGAUGAAGUCAGCAUGGAGAGAAAGAAAGAGGAAGACUGACGAGAAGAAGAAGAAAAAGAAGAGGGAUGAGGAAUGGAAAGAGGAGAGAUGAAGAGAGGGAGUGGAGAGCUCACUAUAAGCUCGUGCCUGAACUUUAGCCCUAACCUUGUAAUCCUCCUUUUUCUUUGUUCGCUACGUACGUGCGUUAGGUUGGGUUUCGUUUUCAUUUGUUCAUCUGUGUCAUCCUUCCCAAAAUCAAUUACCAACUGUCGAUAAAGACACUGAGGAUGACGACAAUGAUGACAAUGAUGCUGAUGCUGAUGGUUAUGAUGAUGAUGAUGACGAUGAGGAUGGCAGCGUUGGUGGUGAUGAUAAUGAAGAAGAAGAAGAAUAAUACGAAUGAUGAUAAAGUUUAAUUUUAUGUUGUUGAGAAAGCACUUUAUAGGUUGGUUCCAAUCAGACAUAAGUGGAUAUUAAGACUGUGUGUAAACUCUGGGCCGCUUGACCCAGGGUCCGAGGCUCCUCCUCUCUGGACUCUGAGAACAGCAUUAUGUAGAUGGGUACUAAUACUACUACCGCUGUCAAGAACAAUGCCAGGACUUUCACGGCAGCCCCUUAUCUUUGAAAGAUACCAGACUGACAAAAUAUUACGUUGACGGUUUUUUUUUCUCCUGUUCAUUGGUUUUGUUUUAUUUUUUGUUCAUGUUUUUUUUUGUUCGUGUCAACAGUUGCCAAUUGUUCGCAGUGCCAGAAAAAAAAGUCAGCUUUUUCUUACGUUGUUAUUUUUUAUUAUUAUUUGUUUUGUGUCAGAUAUGGAAAAAAAGAGGUUGUGAGGGGAUGGGGACAUCAUGAUCUGUGUAAUUGCUAUUCUGUUCCAGAAACUCUUGCACCCUUUCUGAUACCAUCUGGUUUCAGCUAGACACACAGAUAGCGAAACUAAAUGACGGUCUUCUUUAGAACCCAAAGACAUUACCGUACUCAACACUGAGAAGAACUCAUGGCUGGUGACGACUCGGUGUACAUUCAAGCCUGCCGCCAUCUUUCUCACUGUCUCUCUGCAUGUUAUUCUCUGUCAUCAACACCUCCUUUAAGCCUUUUCUGACAAACCUCUGCCUAUUAUUAUUAUUAUUAUUAUUAUUAUUAUUAUUAUUAUUAUACAGCUUCGUUUUGGAAGUGCCAUUUUUUGAAGUGUCUCCUGGAUCAUUCAGCUAUGCAUGGACUGCUUUUCAACAAAAGCGUGCUACCCCAAACAUAACUCCACCCCAAAUUUUUGCUACAAGUCCGCUUCCCAGUAAUGCUAAACAAACAAACAUACAAACAGACAAACCAAGUAGUUUUUCCAUUUAGUGUCUCAUGCAGAACACACAGGCCUCUUUUGUAUUACAAGACAGGGGACCCUUAACUCAAGGUGUUUUGUGUAACCGAGAUCUUGUAAUGUGAAAGUGUCUUACUGUACCAGUCCAAUUCUCCUUUUGGCUGAGAAGGACGCAUGGCCAGGAUAGAUGAUGUGUUUAUGGGGGAAAAUGCUAAUACUAUACUGUAUGAUGACAAAAACCACAGCAGCCUGGGAGAAAUACCCGAAUGUCUGAAUACCUAAGUGUUUAUUUUAUUUAAUUAUUUCAUUUUAUGUUUUUAUAUUCUUCCUCCUCUUCCUCCUCAUCCUUCUCCCCUUUCGAAUAUACCAGAGAGGAAUGUGCCUGCCUUGGAAUACUGAUAGUGCUUGUUUUUUUUCUCCUUUCCUUUCCUUAAGGGAGGUAUAAUGCCUGUGUUUCACACUGCCCUCCAGUCGCUAUCACUUCCCCUCCCCUCCUCCUAUCAUAGAUACUGUAGAGCCUCCGUUACCAUGGAGACUGAAAUCUCUUAUCGAGCGUCACCGUCUCUCUCUCUCUCUCUCUCUCUCUCUCUCUCUCUCUCUCUCUCUCUCUCUGGCUGACAAACGCUCGCUCCAUUGCCAUCACAGAUCAAAAUGUGUUUGUUGCAACAACAACAAAAAACACAGAUUCAACUAUAGAGAUUUUCAGUAAGGGAAAACAAAAUCUUAACAUGCUGCUUUGUGUUCUCUUGACAACAUAAAUGGAGAGAGAGAGACUCUUGAAGAAUUUAUAGAAACCAGGUUAGGUGGUGGACUUCAAGACGGCCUCGUGGCCAUGUUUGAUGCUCUGAUCUUUGUGAAGAAGAAGCAUAAUAUAUUUUUAAUCAGCACUGCGCGCAAACACUGUCAAAAGUCUAAAGAAUAGUGUAUUUCUUCUCUCUCGCCAGACUCUCCCAUUCUUAGUUGCACCCAUAAUAAUGUAUCUCAUCACAAGUCGGAUUCCUGUUAUUUUUUUGUUUUCCUUUUCUUUUUCCGUGGAUUACACUAUAUGAAACAGUCUGUAUAUUCUGUAAUCACCUCCUUCAACUAUUCCAAAUGCACUAAAAUGCAGCUUGUACACACACAAAAAACAAAGAAUGAAUGGCAUCCUUUGAGUGGUCACAUCUGAAAGUGGGCAUGUUUUUUUGUGAGAAUGACACAAUGGAGACUUUAGUUUUCUGUUCCUAGUGUGCCCAUAACCUAUGGAAAUGUCACAGUACACAUUCCAUCAGGCUAUCUGGUCUACUGAAUCAGCUAUGGCCUAUGGGUGCACAGACAGGCAGCCAGACCUGUGAGGCACAGCCAAGCCCAAGAUGAAAUUAGUUGUUGCGUUGUAAUUUUGUUUUGUUUUUUGGCAUGUCCUUGUUUUUCUUCCUGUUAAGCCUUUCUGAUAGAUUAUGUUCCCCUUGGGAACAGCACUGCAGAAAAAACAGGUUUGUGCGUGCGUGCGUGCGUGUGUGUGCGCGUGCUUCACAACGGCAACUAGUGUGUGAGGGAAUCCAAGAGACCCAAGUCUGAUUAUAAUUACCAGGCUCCCCGCUGACACACCUGCUGCUGCCUGAGAGAGGGAAAGAAGCCGCCUCUCAGGCUGUCACUGGAGGCCUGCCUCCAAAACGCUCUCCCUCGGCACACACAUCAAUCACCAGAUGGAGUCAUCUCACGGCUCUGUACCUAGUCAAUAAUAAUGCGCAACACCAGCUUGGCUGUGUUAUUUUCUUAUUCACAGAGGUAGCCUGGACCUCCCAGCCAUACCCCGAGUACUAAUUUGGGAAAUUUGGAAUUGAGUGGAAGCUUACAGAUGGCAAGGCCAGGUUAAGAGAGAAGGGUAUGUUGAAUCAGUUUAAUGGAACAGAUGACUUCAUUUUAUGGAGACCAUUUGAGAGCCAUACACACAUAGCCUACUUACUACUCUCUCAUUUAUUUUUUUCUUCAAACAUGCUUCACCUACUUGCUUCUGUUGUGGUUGCAUGCUGCCUCCUAGUGGACAAAAAUAUACCUAUGUUUUGCUCAUUUCCAUUGUCAUUCUUUUAUUUAUUUAAUUUUUUCCCCCUUUUUUAAUGGUUCGCCAUGUUGUGAGAGACAGCAAGUCAACCAGUGUUAGCACUGAAACCUUUCCUCCUAAGGGUUGGACAACUAUUAAAACAAAUGGGUAUUUCAUCUGAAAGUUUUGGAUAACCGUUGAGGUGUUAAUGAAAAUGUAAUGAUACUUCAGUGAUGCUUGACACAAAAAAAGAUUUAAGACCACUGGACCAUCCACUGGAGAAAAAAACAAAACAAUUUCUUCGGAACUCUGUCUACUCUGAUGAUUCAUCCAGCAUGCACAGGAACCCUUUUUUCCACCCACAGACACACCCAUACAUUUUUGUCUCGAUGGAGAUGAAAAUGAACUACUUCUUUAAGCCUAUAAUUAAUCGUUUACCUGUUUCUACAUACAAAUACUGCUAUUUUGCUUAAAUACAUGACUGUAACUGACCUACAAUGCGAGACAGAAAAAUGAAAACACUGAAAAGUUAUGAGAAUGCCAUGUACUGCCUGUCGCAGGGUACCCUGAGUGGAGAUGGCACUUGUGAAAAAUGUAAGUAUAGUUUGUUUAAAUUACAAAAACAGAGAUAAAAGACCGUGUUUGUACAUAAUAUUUGUAUGUGUAUGGUUGUUUACAUAUGCACUCAAAAUGAUGGGGAAAUUAAAACCAUUUAAAGUGUU